AUGGCCGCCAACGACUACUACUCCCACUCCCAAUACGCCGCCAACCCCUACCACGACCACGAGUACAGCAACGCGCCUCUGCCUCCGAUACCACAAAACGCUCACUCGCCAUACAACAGCAACUACCAAAGCCCCUACUCACACCCCCAAUACGCUUCGAGCAGCAACGGCAAGCUAGGAGGUCGAGACCCAUCAGAUCCCUUCGACGACGAGAACUCGAUACCUUUGAGUGGGCGGCAGGCAAAGCAUGCGUCGGCGACGACUUUAGAUCCGAUAUUACCACACGAGCAGGAUGAUCCGUUUGUGAGGGAUGCGGACCCACGGCGGAAGAGGCGGAAGGCGAAGAAGGAGGGGUUUCUGAGGGAUGGGUGUUGGGUGGUGUAUUUCUUGACGGUGGUGCAGAUUGGUGUGUUUGUGGGAGAGAUUAUCAAGAAUGCCAUCCUAACAAACACCCCCAUCGAAAUCCACCCCUCCUUCAACCCCAUGAUCGGCCCCUCCCCCUACGUCCUCAUCAACAUGGGCGCCCGCUACCCGCCCUGCAUGCACUCCAUCCCCAACGUGCAAAACUCCAGCAUCCCCAUCUCCUGGCCCUGCCCCGCCGCCACCUCCCUCACCGGCGCCGACGUCCAAUGCACCCUCUCCCAGCUCUGCGGCCUCGGCGGCGUCUCCCUGCCAGAACUGGGCAGCGACAUGACAUCCUCUCCGACCCCGAACCAGUGGUACCGCUUCAUCAUCCCCAUCUUCCUGCACGCCGGCCUCAUCCACAUCGGCUUCAACCUCCUGCUCCAGCUCACGCUCGGCCGGGACAUCGAGAAGCUGAUCGGUAGCGUGCGCUUCGCAAUCGUCUACUUCGCCUCCGGCAUCUUUGGCUUCGUGCUCGGCGGCAACUUCGCCGCCACGGGCAUCGCGUCCUGCGGGUGCUCCGGCAGCCUCUUCGGCAUCCUCGCCAUCACACUAAUCGACCUCCUCUACACCUGGAAAGAGCGCAAAGGCCCGCUAAAAGACCUGCUCUUCAUCGUCCUCGACGUCGCCAUCGCUUUCGUUCUGGGCCUAUUACCAGGCUUGGACAACUUCUCCCACAUCGGCGGCUUCCUCAUGGGCCUUGUCUUGGGCGUCUGCAUCCUACGCUCCCCCGCCGCCAUCUCCCGUCGCACGACCGACUACUCCCCCGCUCCACCCCACACCUCCCCUUCCUCAUCCGCCCCCGGUACCGACCUCAAAACCUUCAUCAAAUCCCCCCUCUCCUUCUUCAAGAACCGGAGGGGCGCCUGGUGGGCCUGGUGGCUCGUCCGGGCCGCCGCGCUCGUGGGCGUGCUGAUCGGGUUCAUCCUGCUGAUUGAGAAUUUCUACGCCUGGCCGCGGACGACGUGUAGCUGGUGCAAGUAUUUGAGCUGUUUGCCCGUGACGGUGGAUGGGCAGGAUUGGUGUGAGGUGGGGAAUUUGAAUAUUACUACUACGGAGAAUCAGACGCCGAAUCCUUCGAGACGAGACGUCUUGGGCGGGAUGGAGCAGCUGGGGAUGGCGAGUUUGGGUGGGGGGUUGGGGACGUGGUAG